UCAUGUCAUUUUCUCAUAUUUGAGAGCCCAGUCCUGUUGUAGUGGUCACCUCUGCUUAUGAACUGGACCAGAUGUUCCAGGUGUCUUUUAUUAGAGAUGAUUGCAUAUUAAAUAUCUGAUGACUAUGUGAUGAAUGAAUAAUGGCCUUACGGCAGAUCUCUACGUCUCUGCUGAGGGGCCACCACAGAGCAUUCCUGCAGCCCAGCACCAUCACUGCAGCCCCCAUCUCCAUCACUGUCUCCACACUUCACAGGUUCUUCAGCGCAACCCGAGCUGCCACAGCGCCCUCCAAUGGCUCGGAGAACGUCUCCCUGCUGGAGAACCUCACCAUCCUUGGAGUGGAUCUGAAAAUGGCUCGGCAGCGGCAGCCUGGUGUCCUCCGUAAAGUCCUGACGAACGAGCACGGCCUGGCUGAGUUCCUCAGCAGCAAAGGGGCCAGUCGAGAGGUCAUCGCCAGCAUCAUCUCGAGGUUCCCGAGAGCCAUAACGCGGUCAGGUGAGCACCUGGAGGAGCGCUGGCAACUCUGGCGCAACAUUUUCCAGGACGAUGCUGAGAUUGUGAGGAUCUUGGAUCGCUCUCCGGAGUCCUUCUUCCGCUCCAGCGACAACGAGAACCUGGAGAAGAACAUCCUGUUCCUGAGCUCACUGGGAAUCACACCCCAUGACCUUCCGAAGCUGCUAAUGAAGGCUCCUCGAGUGUUCUCCAACAGCCUGGAGCUGAACCGGACCAUGGUGGAGCUUCUGCAGAGCGUUUGUGUGAGUCUAGGUGGGAAAGACCAUGAAGCCUUUGCCAGAGCCAUCAUCUCCAGGAACGUUUACAUCCUGAUCCGCAGCACCAAGCGCAUCAAGGCUAACAUUGAGUUUCUGCUAGCCUCGCUGAAGCUCAGCGACACUGAAGCUCUGAGCCUGUUGCAGAGUCAUGGAGCAGACAUCUUAGACCUUUCCCACACCAGCCUAAAGAGGAACUUUAAGAGCCUGUGGGUGAAGCUGAGAUCUCUGGGCUGUCGCAAGGUGGAGAUGAAGAAGCUGGUGCUGAACUACACUCAGGUGCUGUUUGUCUCACCUGAGAGGCUAAACGAGAAGCUGGACUGCCUAGUCGAAGGUGGAAUUGAUGUCAGGCAGAUCGUGGAGAAGCCAAAAGUGCUGGAUUUCAGCGCAGUCACGUUGAAGCAGCGUCUAGACGAUCUAAACGGUUUGGGCUACAACUUUGAUGCCAGCGGAAUAGCCAUCCUGGACAUGAGCAAGAAACGCUUUGAUGCUAAACUGGAGAAACUACGAGAGUUUAGACUCUGAGAGCUUCACAUUGUGGAUAAAACACUGUCAUCAUGAUCGUGCUUGAUACAUAUUUUACUAUUGUGAUAUGCCUUACAACAGCAGGGGUGUCUAAACUUUAUUAAAUAGGACCAGAUUGUACCAUGUCAGAAUACCUGAGAGCCAAAAUAUUAUUUUUCCACAAAUCACUCAAAAUACGAGGCCUAAGUUUUCACAAUAUCAGCACUUCUGAUCUUUCUGUGAGCUGCUGUGUUUCCUAUCACUGUGUAAAACAUGCAGGAGCAAAACAUUGCUCAGAGCAGUGUAGAUCAGGAAGUGCUUAUAAUGAUUAAAUUGAUUAAGAGUAACAAUAAAACAUCUGAUUUAUUAAUUAAAUUCCUCUCCAAGUAUUCACUUCUUCCAAAAUAUAAUUUGGGAGAUUCCAUAGAUGUUCAGUUUGUUAGAUGAUGUUCUUUCCAUUUCAAAUAAACUCAGGUUUUAUCUCUGGUAAGCAGUUGGUACUGUGAGACUCUGGUCCUGCUGAACUUUCUCUCCUGAAUAUUUACUGUGAUCUUCAUUCCGUUUCCUGUCUGUCGGCGUUAAACUCAUUACAGUCUUUUGAAAUAUGA